UCUUGCAAAAAUUGGCUGCGUACAAAGAUAUGGCAAUAGCGAAAUCGGAUGGCUAGAAGAGUUGCUUCAGAGUUGUUUGUAAGCAGGUUGUCGUUUUACAUUACAACUGGGGAAUUGGAGAGGUUAUUCUCGCCCUUUGGCUUGAUUGAGCAAGAUAGUGAAUAGCAGGUUGAUUUUUGUGGAAUUAGCAGAAACUACAAAUCCCGGGGAGUCGUCUUCCUGAAUAUCUUGACAUAGAUACCUGAAUCAACAUGGGAGAACUCUUGGCAUUUUCUCAGUCGGCUCUGCUGUUAUUACCCACAUCUCCACUCCGCUCUUCAAGGAAACAUCCUCUUCUCACCAGUUGCAGCCGAUCAUCACUAUCAGUAACUACACCCGUUGCUCACCUGUCAAAAAAGCAUAGUGUCUUUCCCACUUCUCGUUGUGGGCAAAACCAAUGUUCUUGGAGGACUGUAGCUGGACUCGUCUCGGACUCCAAGGUGCCUACUACCUUUACUGUUGAUUCUGCUGGGGAAGGCAUUGAUAUUCUACCGGACUCUGGGGGUUCUGACGACAGCAUUGGUGGAGCUGGUGGCAACGGUGGUGGUGGAGGUGGAAAUGAUGGUAAUAACGGAGGCGGGGGGAAUGAAGAUGAGAGCCAUGAGAAAAGGAGAGGCAUGUCGAUGUCCCAGAAACUUACACUAGGCUACGCUGCAUUGGUUGGAAUCGGUGGAGCAAUGGGAUAUCUCAAGGGUGGAAGCCAGAAGUCUCUAAUCGCGGGUGGAGUGUCAGCAUCAGUACUGUUAUUCGUCUACACCAUGCUUCCGUCAAACCCUUUUCUGGCAUCUUCAGUCGGUCUUCUUCUCUCCGCAUCUCUUCUUGGAGUGAUGGGAUUGCGUUUCAAGAAGUCGGGCAAGAUCUUUCCAACUGGUGUCGUCACCUUUGUUUCCCUAGUCAUGACCGGGGGCUAUAUGCAUGGAAUUCUUCGCGGUCUACACUGAUCCAACGAGGCUGUGCGCCUUUUUCUUCGGCCUUUCGACCCAAAAUGCAGCAGCUAGGAUUCUGUAUUGCUGGAUGGAACUCUGCCCUUUUUGUUUUGUAAAACUCAGUGUUGCUUAAUAGGAGUAAGAGUUGAGCUGUAUUUACUGAAUCAUUUCUCCUUUUCAAUUUAAAUAAUAUGAGAAAUCCAUUUGAUUGAAAAAGUUUGAGAUAUUCCUAUAUA